GGGGUGGGGUUGUCCGGGCCACCUAGGAGGCUACGGCCUCUGUACCGCGGUCCACUGUACGCUUCUGACCGCAAGAGGCCUGGACGCAAACAACAGCGAAGCCCUCAUAAGACUUUGGUGGCGCGCCCGGAGAUAUUUAAACGGGACCAGAGCACUAAAAAGGAAAAAGGACGGAAGCCUGCUGUAGACAUUUCCUGGGAGCGUUCAGUAAUGGCACCCGCCCCACUAUUCAACUCAGCUUUAGUGAGCGGUUGCAGUCCAACAGGGGGCGUACCUGUGCUGAGGAACCAGCGCGCAGGCGCAAGCGCAGACGCGAAGAGGAGUGAGUGGGGAAGCCCCGCCGUCUGCUCCACUUGGCUUGUUUGGGCAGCGUCGCGCUCCCUGCGGCGGUUGGGCGGGCGGUGGUGGAGUCUCUAGCUGGUGUCGCUUCGGCCAUGGACGAAGACUACUUCGGGAGCGCCGCCGAGUGGGGAGAAGAUGCCGACGGCGCCCAGCAGGAUGAUGAUUAUGGAGAAGGAGAAGAUGAUGCAGAAGUCCAACAAGAAUGUUUACACAAAUUUUCCACCCGGGAUUAUAUAAUGGAACCCUCCAUAUUCAAUACACUCAAAAGGUAUUUUCAGGCAGGAGGAUCUCCAGAGAAUGUAAUCCAGCUUUUAUCAGAGAACUAUACAGCCGUGGCCCAGACUGUAAACCUUUUGGCUGAGUGGCUCAUUCAGACAGGUGUUGAGCCAGUUCAGGUUCAGGAAACUGUGGAAAAUCAUUUGAAGAGUUUAUUGAUCAAACAUUUUGACCCUCGAAAAGCCGAUUCUAUCUUUACUGAAGAAGGUGAGACCCCAGCAUGGCUAGAACAGAUGAUUGCACAUACUACCUGGAGGGAUCUGUUUUACAAAUUAGCUGAAGCACAUCCAGACUGUCUUAUGCUUAAUUUUACUGUUAAGCUCAUCUCUGAUGCAGGAUAUCAAGGAGAGAUAACUAGUGUAUCCACAGCUUGCCAGCAAUUAGAAGUCUUUUCUCGAGUGCUCCGUACUUCACUGGCCACAAUUUUAGAUGGAGGAGAAGAAAACCUUGAAAAAAAUCUCCCUGAGUUUGCUAAAAUGCUGUGCCAUGGAGAGCACACUUACCUCUUUGCUCAGUCAAUGAUGUCCAUAUUAGCCCAAGAAGAACAAGGAGGGUCUGCUGUGCGUAGAAUUGCUCAAGAAGUUCAACGAUUUGCUCAUGAGAAAGGCCAUGACGCAAGUCAGAUCACACUUGCAUUGGGCACAGCUGCUUCGUACCCCAGGGCUUGUCAGGCCCUUGGUGCCAUGUUAUCAAAAGGAGCUCUGAAUCCUGCUGAUAUCACAGUCCUAUUUAAGAUGUUUACAAGCAUGGAUCCACCUCCUGUUGAACUGAUACGGGUACCAGCUUUCUUGGACCUAUUUAUGCAGUCACUCUUUAAACCAGGUGCCAAAAUCAAUCAAGACCAUAAACACAAGUACAUCCACAUAUUGGCUUAUGCAGCUAGUGUGGUAGAGACCUGGAAAAAGAACAAGAGAGUGAGCAUCAAUAAAGAUGAGUUGAAGUCAACUUCUAAAGCUGUUGAAACUGUUCACAACUUAUGUUGCAAUGAGAACAAAGGUGCCUCUGAAUUAGUGGCCGAGCUGAGUACGCUUUAUCAGUGCAUCAGAUUUCCAGUGGUGGCAAUGGGUGUACUCAAGUGGGUGGAUUGGACAGUGUCAGAACCACGAUAUUUCCAGCUCCAGACUGAUCAUACACCGGUGCAUUUGGCCUUACUAGAUGAGAUUAGCACCUGCCACCAGCUCCUCCAUCCCCAAGUCUUGCAAUUGUUGGUUAAACUGUUUGAGACAGAGCAUUCCCAACUGGAUGUGAUGGAACAGCUUGAACUGAAGAAAACACUGUUGGACAGAAUGGUUCAUCUGCUGAGUCGGGGUUACGUACUGCCUGUUGUCAGUUAUAUCCGAAAGUGUUUGGAAAAGUUGGACACUGACAUCUCCCUCAUUCGCUAUUUUGUUACCGAGGUCUUGGAUGUGAUUGCUCCGCCUUACACUUCCGACUUUGUGCAGCUCUUUCUUCCCAUUCUAGAGAAUGACAGCAUUGCAGGUACCAUUAAAACAGAAGGAGAACAUGAUCCUGUGACAGAGUUCAUAGCCCACUGCAAGUCUAACUUCAUUAUGGUUAACUGAAUCAGAGUCUAAGGAAGACAUUUCCAGAUGGAAUCAUCCCCUACAGAAGCUGCAAGAACAGUCUCAGAAGGACUAUGACCAUGGCUGUGUGAAAAGACUUUUUUUUACUGACCCUAUGGGUUAUUUUAAACAUGUGGAAUAUCCAUCUAAAGUUGUCAAAUAAAAUUUGAAACAUAUAAUAAUUGGAUUGUUACUUUCCAGUUUAGUAGUCUGUUAAAUUGUAUUUUGUUCCCACACAAGGUGAGGCAGUAAUAAUAAAUAAUAUUAUUUACACGUCAAUAAAUAAAUAUGUCACUUGAACUGC